AUCGGCUUUUUCCUUUUCAUGAAACACUUCGCAGAUUUUCAUUAAUUAAACGUUAAUUAAUUAUUCAUCGUGAUUAGGUUAGGUUAUUCAAUUAACAGUUGGUUAUAAUUGAUAUAAAUUACUCCGAUAAUUCACCCAUUUGAUUUAAUCUAAAGCUCAAGUAUCUACCAUGUUGUAAUCACAAUGGAUUAAUAUGCGCUACAAACUACGUCUUUUUAUCGUAAUCCUGGUCGCUCACGCGUUAGUGGCUGUUUUCAUAUGGUCAUGGUUCAUAAACGGAGAUAUCACCGAACAACCCCGGGUACUGGCGUUUGCUGCGAGUAAUUUACGAAAAUUCGAAUCAGAUAAGUCUAAAGACAUUACCUUUAAAGAGAUACCAUGUAAUAUUAAUGGCGAGUACAAUAUAUCAUGUCGAAAAGAAUCCGACGAGAUAUAUUUACCAUUUACGUUCAUCAAGAAAUAUUUCGAAGUAUACGGAAAGCUAGUGGAAAAAGACGGAUCCGAAAUAUUCAACUGGUCUCAUAGUUACGCGAAUUACUACUCUGUGAAGAGGAAAUACGAUCCUAGAGGCAUCUUCACUCAUUUCCAAACUUAUAAAGUCGAAGAACGUGAACGCGUCAAAUGUAUCUCAGCUUCCGAAGGCGUUCCUUUAUCUACUCAAUGGGAUCCCAAAGGCUAUUACUAUCCUACCCAAAUCGCUCAAUUCGGAUUGUCGCAUUAUAGUAAAGCUAUUUUGGAACCCGAACUUGUGAAACGUGUUUUAGAAGAUGGCGAAGAUAAUCAAGCUAAUUGGAUAGUCUCGCACGUCUCUAGCAUUAAAAGAGACGUAGACGAUGAUGCGGAUUCUCAAGUGCUAUGUUUUGAUACUGCCGAAAAUAAACCAAUCAUGUUACACAUCAACGAUACCUUGCCAAUUCUAUCUUUCGAUUUGAAGUUGAACCCGAAAGGUUCCAACGAAUUCGUUGUCGAAGUUAAGAAUAUCGUUGAAAAACUGACGUACUAUUUGCAUUACGAUUGCAACGGUGAACAUAUCAACGUAUCGGGCGACGACAUUUAUUACGGAUUGAUUUGUAACGGUCGUGAAAACUGGUAUAAAUUGAGCAGAGAUAUUUUCAUCGAUGUUCAAAAGGGUGUUAUGUUGAAGACGAAAACGAAACCGAAAUUCCAAAGAUCAUCGUUAAAAAUUUUCAGUAUUCAAUUAAAAGGCAAAGGUUGCGUCGAUAACGUAACUUUAGCGAGUAAUAAUCACAUGACGCAAUUCUACUUAACGGUGAAUUGGCUACUUAAACAUCAAGAUGAAACUACCGGCGGCUGGGUCAAUCCAGUUACCCGUAAAAUGGCCGGAUCCCUUUUGCUGAAGCCGGGUUGGUAUUCGGCUAUGGGUCAAGGUCACGCUUUAUCUGUCCUAGCACGUGCGUAUUAUAUUUCCGAUAAAAACACCAAGUAUUUAGAAGCAGCACGUAAAGCUCUCGGCCCAUUCAAAGUUUUGAGCAAGAAUCACGGAGUGUUGGCGAUGUACAUGCACGAAUUACAUUGGUACGAAGAAUACCCAACUGAUCCACCUACCUUUGUUCUAAAUGGGUUCAUAUAUUCGUUAAUUGGAUUGUACGAUUUUCAUACCUUGGCUACGGUUGAUUACUCACACGAACCGUAUAUGCUCUACGUGCAAGGUAUGACUUCGCUGAAGAAAUUACUGCUGGCUUUCGAUACAGGUUCUGGAACGACGUACGAUUUACGACAUAUGAGCUUAGGUAUUGCUCCUAAAUUGGCCAGGUGGGAUUAUCACGCCACUCAUAUCAAUCAGUUGCUCUUGUUGUCGUCUAUCGAUAAAGAUCCACUGUUUUCCAAUACCGCUAAAAGAUGGAUAGGAUAUAUGAGCGGAAAACGUGCUUCACAUAAUUGAUUUCCUUCCUCGAUUAAAAAGUAUUGUAGUUGCCUUUAUAUCAUUAGAAUUUAGCAUUGUAAUCUAGUCAUUUCUUUUGUAUCUUUUUGUAUAGUGUAUAUAUUAACUCAAAACUCACAUUUUCCUCAAUUUUUCCUAUCAUUUUUUUUCCUAGUAUUAUUUUAAUAUCAUUUUUUAAAUUUUAUUUACGUGGUCUUCGUGACAUAUAUUUAUACUUACCGGUAGUGCCUCUAAUUGACUUACGUAAGGGUUUUCUUGAUCUCUAUAUUAUUUUUUUUUGUAUGCGUAAAAUGAAAUCAUAGACAUGUACACUUCCUUUUAAUUGGUUUAUUAGAUUUGACAAAAAAAAAAAAGUAUCGUGUGUAUAUUUCGUGCAUUGAAAAUCAUAAAGCUAAUCUUCCUGCGCCGAAUAUUGCUUUAAAUUGCUGGUACGACAGCUGAAAGAAUAUGUUACCUCGUUAUAAACUAUUGUCAUUAUUUUUGUUACAUCGGAAACAUAUUAAAUUGCUACGUUUUAUUUUAA